GAGUCGGCAACAGUGGCAGCGCGACAGUGUUUUUUUGACAUUUGACGGCUGUUUUUUAUCAAUUGUCUGUGAAAAUUAUAAAAAAACAAAAUCCGAUACCCCGAGGAACAAGAAAGGAGUUGGUCGAUUUGCGUUAACGUACAUAGCCAAACUCAGUCAAUAAACAUUUUUAAAUUGUAUCCUAGUGUUAAUUCGAAAAUGGCUUUAUCUGUUAUGCUGCGCAAUGCUGGCAAAUUGAAUGCCAUUGGACUUGCAAAGACCACUGCCCAUCUGUCAUUGCCCAUUAAGACGUUGACCACAAAGAGUGCUUUCUCUGCUGGAAGCUUAAAAACGUUGACAUUCUUCAAGAAUGCACAGACUUUACAAAGGAGCUUUUCCCUAAGUGCCGCCAAGAUGGCUGCAGCCAAGGGUAAUCACACGCCAUUAUGGACUGCGGAACGUUUGAUCUCCCUCGCUCUUCUGGGUGUUGUGCCCGGAGCCUUUAUUUAUCCCUCGCAGACACUUGAUGCUCUUCUAGCAAUCUCCGUGGUUCUUCAUUCUCAUUGGGGCGUGGAAGCUAUAAUCACAGAUUACGCACGGCCGCAAGUAGUUGGACCAUUGUUGCCAAAGGUUGCUCAUGGAGCUCUGAUUGUGUUGUCUAUAGCUACUCUUGGUGGUCUUUUCUACAUUAUUCAAAAUGAUGUCGGUAUUGCCAAUUCUGUUAAACAGUUGUGGAAGAUUAGGGGAGCUGGAUCUGAACCAAUUGCUAAAGAAGCAAGUAAUAAGUAAUUUUUGAUUUAACUUUUAACUAAUGUAUGUCAAAAUAAUGCCAGGAUGUGGAAGAUUCCUGCACCGACGAAUGAAAAGAAUUCCUAUAGAAGAGAAAAAGAAAAUAAAGCAUUAUGAAUUUCACUGAAUUCAAUUAAUUGUGAAAAGGGCAAUGGAUUGAAUCAUUAAAACCUGU